AUGGCUACACGCAACUUCGCUAUUGUUCGGAGGAUGGGCAAUAGACUGGAACAACUCCCUGCCAGCGAUUCACGAUACUACUUGCAGGCUGCUUCUUGGAAUAAAGCCGUUGAUGCCUGCAACUGUGAGAGGGGAGUAGCCAGUGUCCAAGCAUUCGUCCGCGCUUCUCUCCGGGCGAGAGGCACGCUUAUACCAGACGCAGAUGUUGUGCGGCUCACCAAUACUUUUUUGCAGAAGCUUAAUACGUCGCCUCUGCUGGUCGACGAUGAUCGAUUUGAAUCUGCACGAAUAGUCUCAGACCACCCGAGAGGAUCAUGGCGUGGCUCACCCGAGGAGUUCGAUACACGAUCGCAAGCAGUGAAACUGAACUCUACUGUAAGCCUCUCUAUCACGCUCUUUUGGGUCACGAACACUAAUCACUGGCCGCAGUGGGUUACCCUUGCCGUGGAACGCCAGAGAGCGUACGUUGCGAGGGGACGCAACUUCAACUCCGCCUUGUACCAACUGAGUCUUUUUCGGCUGUGUCAUGCUUACCUUCACGAAAUUGGUCACUUGCUCCAGACAUUUCUGGGCCAUGGAGAUUGCAACACACCUCCACUGAUGUCGGGCGCUCCUCAUUCCAGGCAGACCGACAUCGAAGGAGAGGCCGGCGAAUUCUUUGAGGUACUGCUCUUUGGAGGGCUGGUCGAUUUCUACAUGGACGGCACCGAGCUGGGUGGGGAGGUACGUGAACUUCUGUUUGAUCAGCAAUGUUCUUUGGCUGACUGGGUUCAGGAUGGCUUCCCUUGGAUGAUAAGUCCGCUCGACACAGACGCAAAGAGACUCGCCCUACACACGAUUGGUGUAUUCCUUGCCCCUGAUUGGUUGGGGGGACAAGGUCCAUUGGUACUUGCUUCGAUGACCAGUUCACCAAUCCCUAGAGUGGGCGCUAGGCGUUGGGUCUUCAUGACUGGCGCGCAGUUGGCAAGCAGCUUCAGGUCUGCACCAGGCACCGCCGUUCCCAUACCUAUCAUCACCGGUGCAGACCUCGAAACUAGAGUUCUGCGCCGAGCCAGUCCCCCGGCUCUACGAGUUGAGCCAUCGAGGGGCUGA